CCGCCCCCGCCGCCACCCCGGCGCGCCCGCGCGCGUCCCCGCCUCUGUCCCCGCCUGGAAGCACCGCUGAAGAUGGCGAGCCCGGAGCCCCGGGAGCACGCCGAGGAAGGAUGCCCGGCUCCGGCCGCCGGCGAGCAGCCGCCGCCGCCCCGGGAUCCCCCGGAGAAGGAGAAGGAGGAGGAGGCACAGGGGGAGGCGGCGGCGGCUGUGGCCGGCCCGGGGCCGCAGGUGGAGGAGGCCGCGGGCCCGGUGGCCGCCGCGGUGACUUGGCUGCUCGGGGAGCCGGUCCUGUGGCUGGGCUGCCGCGCCGACGAGCUCCUGAGCUGGAAGAGGCCGCUGCACAGCCUGCUCGGCUUCGCCGGCGCCAACCUGCUGUUCUGGUUCCUUGCGCUGACUCCAUGGAGAGUGUAUCACCUGAUUUCCGUCAUGAUACUGGGGCGUGUUAUUAUGCAAAUAAUAAAGGAUAUGGUUUUAUCUAGAACAAGAGGUGCACAGUUGUGGAGAAGUCUCAGUGAAAGCUGGGAAGUUAUCAAUUCCAAAGCAGAUGAAAGACCCAGACUUAGCCACUGUAUUGCAGAAUCAUGGAUGAAUUUCAGCAUAUUUCUUCAAGAGAUGUCUCUUUUUAAACAGCAGAGCCCUGGCAAGUUUUGUCUCCUGGUCUGCAGUGUGUGCACAUUUUUUACGAUCUUGGGAAGUUACAUUCCUGGGGUUAUACUCAGCUAUCUACUAUUACUGUGUGCAUUUUUGUGUCCACUGUUUAAGUGUAAUGACAUUGGACAAAAAAUAUACAGCAAAAUCAAGUCAGUUCUGCUGAAACUAGAUUUUGGAAUUGGAGAAUACAUUAAUCAGAAGAGACGUGAGAGAUCAGAAGCAGAUAAAGAAAAAAGUCACAAAGAUGACAGUGAAUUAGACUUUUCAGCUCUUUGUCCUAAGAUUAGCCUCACUGUUGCUGCCAAAGAGCUAUCUGUGUCUGACACGGAUGUCUCAGAGGUGUCCUGGACUGAUAACGGGACCUUCAACCUUUCAGAAGGAUACACUCCGCAGACAGACACUUCCGAUGAUCUUGACCGACCUAGUGAAGAAGUUUUCUCUCGAGAUCUUUCGGAUUUUCCAUCUCUAGAAAAUGGCAUGGGAACAAAUGAUGAAGACGAAUUAAGCCUUGGCUUGCCCACUGAGCUGAAGAGAAAAAAGGAACAGCUAGACAGUGGUCACAGACCAAGCAAAGAGAGGCAGUCAGCAGCUGGUCUCAGUCUUCCUCUGAACAGUGACCAAACCUUUCACUUGAUGAGCAACCUGGCUGGGAACGUCAUCACUGCCGCAGUGACUGCUGCUAUCAAAGACCAGUUAGAGGGUGUGCAGCAAGCAAUUUCUCAGGCUGCACCCAGCCCAGGAGAAGAUACAGACACUGAAGAAGGUGAUGACUUUGAACUACUUGACCAGUCAGAGCUGGAUCAAAUUGAGAGUGAAUUGGGACUUACGCAAGACCAGGAAGCAGAAGCACAGCAAAAUAAGAAGUCUUCAGGCUUCCUUUCAAAUCUACUUGGAGGCCAUUAAUCUAGGAAUCAGCAGCUUGCAACAGAGCACCAAAAAUCCCACCAAAAAAAUUUCAAACAAGCAAAAAAAAAAAAAAAGAAAGAAAGAAAGAAAAACAAAAAAAAUUGAACUAUAAGCUUUAAUUAUUACUUUAGAUUUUUUGUUUUACUUUCCCUUCUGCAGUGAAUUGAUUGGAUAUAUAUCAGCUGACGCUGAUAGACUGAUAUUUCUGAUAGUUAUUUUUAUGUUAUAAGCAUGGAAAUGAACUUUAUAUACACACACACACUGUUGUCAGAGAUAAAUAUUGGGGGUUGUUUUUUAAGCAAAAAAAAGAAAGAAAACCAAAUUAUUAAAAUCUUCCUAUAAGUAUUCUUUCUUUUUUCUUUACAAUUAAUUUUUCAAGCAUGCAAAAACAGUUUAUUAUAAUUUAUUGAAAAAUAUUAACAAUUGUGAAGACAUGCUGUAUCAGCUCCCUUAUUCCUAAUACCUGGAAACAGUUUUAAAAAAAGAAACUGGUAGAUUUUGAUGUAAAAAGACAGAAAUUAUCAAGGUACCUUUAAUUAAAGGACUUGGGAAAUACUAUCAAAAUUAAUUUCCUAGGAAAAAAUUUAAAAAUAUAUUUAAGUAUUCGGGAUAGGCUGAAACAUUUCCAUGUUAUUUCUGCAGUUGUAGACUUAGGCUUACUUGUGAAGUGGCAUGCUCCAUUGACUGCCAUCUGUAGUCUUGCAGUGGGUGGUAUUAACCCAUAGAAAGCAAGUAGUUAUAUAUCACAUAGACAAUGGCUACGAUGUAAACAGAUUCAGCUGUUUUGCUGUUCAUUUGUCAUAUGUUUGUAAAAGGGAUGUUGUGAGUGCAGAUCUAUUCUGCCUGCUCAGACUUAAAUUAAACCUUUAUCUUUUAUAUUGUGUCAUGGAAAAAGUCUCCUAAAAUUCUGAAACUAGUGCUUGAUAUGUUCUGAGUGAUGUGGUUAUCAACAAUAAAGAAAUAAUAACUCUGUUUUCUUAGUCUGUAUAGAUAGAGGAGAGGAACUUGCUUGGCUUUAUAUUUAUUUGCCAUUGAAGUCUAAAUAUGUAAUCUGUUUAUUCUUGGGAAAAUAGAAUAUAUUUUUUCUUUUAUUUUAAACUUUUUUAGAUCACUUCUAAAUAACCAAAUUUGAUUUAUGGUUUUUAACAAAGGACUAAAAAGCAGAAACCAAGCUAGUUUUGUUUUUGUGAUACAAACUUUAAGUGUUGAGGGACCAUGUCAGCAACUACCAAAAAUCUCUUAAAUCUUCAGGUAUAGCUGGCAUUUCUGCAGAUGCACUGAGACAUCUGAGACCCUCAGAAAGGAAGGAUAAUCUAAGAAUAUAGGAAAUUUGUGUUCUCUUCCUUUCAUUUUAUCCCUUUUCUUAUAUUUUUAAAGACUCAAUAUAGGUAAUCUCACAUUUUAAUGUAGCAUCUCUUAUUUAUUUUUUCUUUCUGAGGUAUUAAAAUAUCUAGACUGAAUUUUGCCAAAUGUUAAAGGGAGAAAAGUUACUGAAGACUUUGAACACUUGCUUUUUGUGACUGACUAUGCUUAUGUGUCAUUAGUGCCUCAUGAUUGUGUUUGAUGUCCUUUAUUGAUAAAGUGAGCCUGUGCCUUUAUUAUCUUGCCCAUUUUAAUACAAAUGGAAACCUGGUGUUAGAACAUCUCUGAACUGUGUGAGUUUUGGAGGAAUAUACCUGAAUUCUAUUCAAUAAGAGUUUCUGGACAUGAAAAAAUACAGUCACAUAUUUAUAAAACAGUUGUUACCAG